AUGGCUGAGCCCGACACCCACCGCCUCCUGGAGAGGCUCUCUGCCCAGGGUUUCGUGCUACCACUGCAGGGCGAGGAUGUGGAGGUGCUGGACAGCCCUGACAAGUUCUUCCGGGAGCUGCUGGCGGGCCUGCGUUCCGCACAGCGCCACAUCUCCAUCGCCUCUCUCUACUUUGGCACCGGAGGCGGGCGGGAGCGGGAGUUUGCCGACGCGCUCGCAGCAGCGGCCCACGACGCCUCCCGCCCCAGCCUGCGCAUGCACAUCCUGCUGGAUGCGCUGCGCUCCACUCGCCCCACGCGGGGCGCCAGCGACAGCAGCAGCCACGGCACCGGCACCAGCACAAGUGGCGGCAGCCCACCAAUGACGAGCACGGCAGAGAUGCUGGCGGUACGCCUGCUGGAGGGGCAGCCUGCGGCAGCUGCUGGCAGCGGCGGCGGCAGCGACGGCGCCGGGGCGCGGCAGCGGGGCAGGGUGCAGGUGUCGCUGUUCCACACGCCGGCACUGCGGGGCCUGCUCAAGAGGGUGCUGCCUCCCCGCGUUUCGGAAGUGAUCGGCGUGUGCCACAUCAAGGCAUACAGCUUUGACGACACGGUCAUCAUCAGCGGCGCCAACAUCAGCAGCACUUACCUGAGCACCCGGCAAGACCGCUACCUGGUGCUGCGCCGCUCGCCGCAGCUGGCCGCCCUGCUGCGCCAAGUGGUGGACGCGGUGGGCCGCUUCUCCUACCAGCUGCAGCCGCUGCCGGCGCCCGACGGCGAGGGACAGGCAGCAGGCGGCGGCGGCGGCGCAAGCGCGGGCAUGGGGCGGCGCGAUGCGCUGCUGGAGCUCCUGCAGCGGCAGCAGCUGCCGUGGCAGCAGCCGCAGCGCCGCGCAGGCGGAGGCGGGGCGGCCGCCGCGGCCGCGCCGCGACCCCACCGCCCCCACCACCUGCAGCGCCACAGGCAGCAGCGGCAGCAGCGGUACCGCCUGGCGCCCUGCCCGGCGGGUGUGGACCCUGUGCGCCACGCCUACCGCUUCACUGCGCUCUUCCGCCAGGCCAUGCUGAGCCUGUUGGUGCCGCGUCAGGGCUGGGCAAGCGUGCUUGACGUCGCGGUGCUGGAGGCGCAGGAGGAGGCGGCGGCAGCCGAGGCGGCGGUGGCGGCGGAAGCGCCAGCUGGCGACAGUGCGCAGGGGCAGGAGCUCCUACCCGGUUUAAGCGUAGGAGGGCCGCUCCCGUGCACCGGCAGCAGCGCGACGAGCAGCGGGCUGGAUCCCACGCCAGCAGCGGCAGGGGAGCGGCAGGGGACAGCCGCGGCAGCAGCAGCAGCAUCAGCAGCAGCAGCGGUGGGGCCAGCGGACACCUGGAUUGUGCCCAUGGUGCAGGCUGGCUUCGCGGGAGUGUGCCAGGAGGAGCGGUGCACCCUGGCGCUGCUGGCCUGGGCCACGCACGGAGGCAGCACCUCGGGAGCAGCCGGCGGCGGCGGGGCCUGGGGUUGGGGCGGCCGCAGGCGCGCCAACGGUGCAGCGCGCGAGGGCGGCGGCCACCCCUCGGUGCUGCUGCAGCUGGCUUCUCCUUACCUCAACCUGGCCCGCCCCUACGAGUGGUUCCUCUCUCGCCAGGCCUGUGGCGCCCACCUGGACCUCAUCACUGCCUCCCCAGAGGCCAACGGCUUCUUUGGCUCCAGCGGCGUCUCUGGCUACAUCCCACUGGCUUACAGCCUGCUAGAGCACCGCACCUGGCGCCGCCUCACCCGCCACCAGGGGCCCGGCAGCGGCGACGGCGGCGUGUUGGGCGGCGACGGCGGCGGCCCGCUGGGGCCGGAUGCCUGGCGCAGGCGCCAGCUGGCGUGGCGCCAGCGCUGGGCGCGGCAGCCCGCGCGGGGCGACGCAGCGGCGGCAGCGGCGGCGGCGGCAGCAGCGGCGGAGGCAGCGCCGGCGCCCGCCAGCGCAGGCAGCUCUGCGCCAGGCGGUGGCACGGCGGCUGGCCCAGCCCGCCGGCUGUGGGAGUACCGCCGCCCCGGCUGGGAAUUCCAUGCCAAAGGCCUGUGGAUCUCCCCACCCGCCGAGGCAGAGCGGCAGCCAGGUCAGCCGCCGCCGCCGCGUCAGCCGCACGCUGGCGCCUCCCCUGCUCCCGCCUCCCCCUGGUCGCCGCCGCUGGUGACCGCGGUGGGCAGCAGCAACUUUGGCUUCCGCAGCCUGCACCGAGACUUGGAGCUGCAGUUCCUGCUGGUCACGCGCAGCCCCACGCUGCGCGCCGCGCUGGGCGCUGAGGUGGCGGCGCUCACGCGCCGCUGCCUGGCGGUGACGGGCGGCGACGCGCACUUCCUGGCGCCCGGGCGGCGGGGCGGCGCGGUGGCGCGCCUCGCGGUGCGCCUCCUCCGCGGCUUCUUGUGA